AGAAUAUGUUAAACAUGUUCGCGUUCGUCCUCCUCUUGUUUUUGGUGUGUUACAACGCCAAUGCUGCACCUCAAUCUCUACAACGAAUUCGAAAUCAAUGCAUCGCCGGUUGCUAUGAGGAUAUUCCUGAAUGGGCAAUACCCAGCUGCGUACGGCGUUGCAAAAAAAACUGGGCAGCAUGGGGCCAUUAAAGACACCGCAAUGCACAGUGUCCGUUCAAAUAAAAAUCAUGCAAUCAUGUACUCAAUGGACAUGCGAUCUGCAGACAUCAUAUAA